AUGUCCGGUCAAGUAUCUGUCGGUUCUCGUUUACAUGAGUCUACGAAGUAUGGGCAUCGAUUGGAGAACGUGCAAAACUUUCUUGAAGAAUCUAGGUUAGCUUUCGAACGGUUUAAUUUUUUUGACACAAUGGAAACUGAGUUAUUGUAGGUGGUAAUACAAUCAAUACCGCUCACAAAUGGUCGGAAAUAUUUCUAGCAGAAGAGAUCCAAUCGUUUGAGGGUGACAAGCGGGGUGGUAAGCAUUAUGCUGCCUUCUAUGACGAUUAUCCGACGCUCGAAGAGGCCGCUCUCGAAUACACUCAUAAACGUUGUUCUGAGAAAUCGGCAGCGUUCACAGCAAUGGACCUUGCCAACUUUAUUGACAAAGAGUACUAUAUCUUCACAAAAACUAAGAAAGGUAUUGUGCGAGAAUAAAUCUUAUUUUUCUUUCUUCAAGCUGUGUGAAAAUUCUAGAUCCUAGAACCAGGCUCUCCUCUCAUUCGAUCAGUGGUCUCCGUACGUUUGGAUCUCAAGCGGUGGGGAGCCAGAUUUUCCGGGAAUGGCCAACGUCCCUACUUUGAAGGCCAUGAACGCCCCGAUGUCAAACAACAUCGUGAAGAAUUUAUCAGCCACUUUUUGUCGAACAAAGACGAAUAUUGGACUGUCAAAGAGGGCGAUUCGCCG